AUGACGGACCAAACAGACUCCACUCUCGCUGCAGGCUCCAAACGGGAACGCUCCGCAGAAGAGGUCGCCGCGGACUCGCAAGGAGCACCCGCCGACAAACGUAUAAAACUAGACCUCUCAACCCCCUCCUCCCUCCCAGCAACCGCAGGCGAAGGUGUCGGUGUCUCAGCACCCACAGCACCACUAACAACAGAGAACACAGGCUCAAUAGGCCUCGACACGCCCGAUGGCGACGACUCACCCGACGUCUCUGUCAUAGCCACCUCCAACGACAAGAAAAGUGGAAGGAGUAAGAACAAACGCAGGACCGCUCCAAGUGGGAAGGCGCAGAGUGCUAAGCGGGGGAGAGCUUGGGGACCCAGGGAGACAAAGGAGGGUGCUGAGGGUGAGGGAGGAGGAGAGGGAGGGGAUGCGGAGGAUUCGGGGCCGAGAUUGCCAAAGAAGAAGGUGGCGCUCUUGAUGGGGUAUUGUGGGACUGGUUACAAUGGAAUGCAAAUCAACCCCGGAGUCGCAACGAUCGAAGCAGAGCUGCAUAAAGCACUAGCAGAAUCAGGCGCCGUCAGCAAAGACAAUGCGAACGACCCGGCAAAGAUCCAAUUCAUGCGCGCAGCCCGAACAGACAAAGGCGUGCACGCAGCCGGCCAAGUCUGCUCCCUAAAAAUGAUCAUCGAAGACCCCACCAUCAUCUCAAAAAUCAACCAACAUCUCCCAGAGCAAAUACGUGUCUGGGGCUACGUCCGCACCACCAACGCCUUCCACGCCAAAAACGCCUGCGACUCCCGUAUCUACGAAUACUUUCUCCCCACCUUUGUCCUCGCCCCGGCCGCUCCCUACCUCUACCCCUUCUCCGCCCUCGCUAAAUCCCAUGGGAUAUCCACCACCGAGCUGCCCACCCACGCCAAUGAAUCCUUCGAUGAUCUUACGGCGAAGCCGACGGCGGAUCAGUUGGCGGCAAGGAGGGCGUUUAGGAUUGGGGAGGAACGACUGGGGAAACUGAGGGAGGCGUUGAAGGGGUAUGAGGGGACGCAUAAUUUCCAUAAUUUUACGGUGGGGAAGGGGUUUGGAGAUAGUAGUGCGAUGCGAUUCAUGAUCGAUUUGACGGUCAGCGACCCCAUCAUCCGCGGCGAUUUGGAAUGGGUCAAAUGCAAGAUCUUUGGGCAAUCGUUCAUGCUGCACCAGAUCCGCAAGAUGAUUGGCCUGGCGAUCCUGAUGAUCCGCACCUCCACCCCGGCCACCCUCAUCAACGAAGCCUUCCUCAAAGAAAAACUUAAUAUCCCCAAAGCGCCCGCGUUGGGGUUGUUGCUCGAGCGGACCGUCUACAGGAUGUACAACGAAAAAUGGGCCUCAGAAGCCAACGACCGCGCCGGCGUCUCGUUCGACGCUUACGAAGGCGAGAUUGACGCGUUUAAGGAGAAAUGGAUCUAUUCGCGGUUGGUGGAGGAGGAGGUUGAGACUAACGCGUGA